AGUCAUCAUCUACUUAACAAACUUUCUUUUUAAAGAAUUUACAAAUUGGCCCCAAAAGAAAUAAAAUUUACAAAUUGACCUCAAACAGAUUGAACGUAGCACAGGAGGUAGUUUCGUCUUUCGUGUGAUGUCAGUAUAAAGUAGUCGACACAAUUACACCUCUCCUCUCACCUCUCCCUCUCUCUCUUCUCUCUUCUUGUUAAUCUCUCCACCGAACCUGUUUAAACCAUGGCGACGAGCUCCGGCCGGUUAAUCGCCGGUUCGACGGUGUCGAUGAGCUCAAUCAAACGGCGCAAUGCGAAUCCACCUCAAUCAAUCUCCCUAAUCUGUCGAAAUCAAAUACAAGGCGCACCGCCUCUCGUCCUCCUCCGGCCAUCUCAACGGUCCAGGCCGUGGCCAAUCGAGGCGGUUCCUUCCGCGAAGUUCUGGGACGGAUCUGACGAUUUCGAAGUCGCCAAGGAGGAGAAGGAGAAGAAGCCAGAGGCGUCGCCCGGUGGAAAAACCGACGAUCACGCUCUCGCCGGAAAACACGACAGGACGACCGAGAUAGUAAUCGCGGCGGCGGUCACGGCGGCGCUGGGAGUGGGGAACCGCGUAAUGUAUAAGCUGGCGCUUAUUCCUCUUAAACAAUAUCCCUUCUUCCUCGCUCAGCUUUCCACUUUCGGGUAUGUAGCUGUAUACUUUUCUAUACUGUAUUUCAGAUACCGAGCUGGGAUUGUUACAAAAGAGAUGCUAUCAGUUCCGAAAAUUCCAUUUUUAAUUGUUGGCAUUUUGGAGUCUCUUGCUUUAACUUCGGGGAUGGCUGCUGCAGCAAAUCUCUCUGGACCAUCUACUACAGUUUUAUCUCAGACGUUUCUUAUUUGGCAAAUUCUAUUCUCCAUGGUUUUUCUCGGGAGGAGAUAUAGAAUAAACCAACUAUUUGGAUGUGUUCUUGUAGCAUUUGGUGUAAUCGUCAGUGUGGCAAGUGGAUCAGGGGCCGCUCAUUCAUUUAAAGAUGCUGGAAUAUUUUGGAGUCUUCUUAUGGUAUUAUCGUUUAUGCUUCAAGGAGCAGAUACAGUAAUGAAGGAAAUCAUCUUUAUAGAUAGCAAAAAGCGGUUGAAGGGUGCUUCACUUGAUCUCUUUGUUGUAAACUCAUAUGGUUCAAUGUUCCAAGUUAUAUGCAUUGCAUUGCUUCUUCCUUUUCUUUCAAAACUUUGGGGCAUACCGUUUUACCAACUACCAAGCUAUCUAAAAGACGGAGGUGCUUGCUUUCUGAACAUUGGUGCUAAAACAACAGGAUGCGAAGGGGCGCCCCUUCUUCCGAUAAUGUUUGUAAUGAUGAACAUGGCUUACAACAUCUCUCUUCUACGCCUUAUCAAGAUCUCAUCUGCUGUUGUGUCGUCUCUGGCAUCCACCGUUUCAGUGCCCAUAGCGGUUUACUUCUUCACGCUUCCCUUACCGUACCUUGGAGUCGCAUCUGCACUUCCAACAGGGUUCGUGGCAGGCACAGUGAUACUCGUACUAGGCAUGCUUCUAUAUGCGUGGACACCAUCAUCUCAAACUCCCGAUUCGGUUAUCCCCUCGUCCCCAUCAACUUAAACGGGCAGGAGGAGGUUGAUUUUGUAGCCUUGUUUGUUUGUUUGUUAUUUUUCUAUCUCAAUCUCAUUGUAUGUAGCAUAUAUGUCCUUUUUUGUCAAUCAAGGAAUAAGUUAGCUCAUUAUUUUGUAACAAUUAUUGACGGCUUUUUAGUUUGCUAUUUGAUUCGUAUUCUUUCUGUCAUGGUAUAUAAGGCGAGUCCCCUUGGAUUA